AUGGAACUCGCCGGCGAGUUGGGCAUCCCCUUCACCACCGGCAUCCUCAUCGGCAUCGGCGAGACUCGUCGCGAGCGUGUGGAAUCCCUGCUGGCCAUCCGCCAACUCCACCAGCGCUACGGCCACAUCCAGGAAGUCAUCGUCCAGAAUUUCCGCGCCAAGGCGGAUACCCCGAUGGCCGAGACUCCCGACGCCGCUCCCGACGAACUGAUGUGGACGACCGCCGUCGCCCGCCUCAUCCUCGGCGAGCGCGUCAACAUCCAGGUGCCGCCCAACCUGAGCGAAAACUACGAGCGCUACAUCGCCGCCGGCAUCAACGACUGGGGUGGCGUCUCGCCGCUCACCAUCGACUACGUCAAUCCCGAGGCCCCGUGGCCUCAGUUGCCCGAGCUGGAACGUCGCACCCGCGAAGCCGGCUACGAACUGCGGCCCCGGCUGCCCGUGUACCCCGAAUACUUCGCCAACGGUUCCCAAUGGCCGUUGCCGCCGCCUCUCAAGGAAAAACUGCUCCGGCUCACCGACGAGUCCGGAUACGUCAAAGGGGGAAUCCAACGCUAUGUCCACCGCAACUGA